AUGAGGCUCCAUUUGACAGCUUGCAUUGAGCAUUUCCAUCCCAUGCUGGGCUUGUCACCCUGCUCAAGAACUGAAGCCAAGCUGACGGCCCGAGACCGGCGGGUGCAUACCGUCAGAUGCGCUUUCGAGGCGGAAAGAGGAGCUCUAUGCCAGCACCGUAGAAGCAUUGCAUCGAGUCCUCUUGCACAUGUGAGACCCUUUCUGGCCGUUCUGUGCGAGCAGCAUCUACCCGCUCGACCUGGUGGAUUAGACCCUGAGCUUAUCCAAACCUUAAUAGAAGAUUUGAUGGCAAGAGGCCAUCUCCAUCACUUCGUAUUACAGCAGUUGGGCAAGGUCGGCAGUCGUCCAGAUCGUGUUGACCAAGUCAACACAGAAGCGCUCGCUGGAACGAGAAUUGAUAGCACCCAAAAGCGUCAUGCUACCGUGCCAUCUCGCCUCCGCAUCUCCAAGCAGCCUGUCAAAGGUCCCCUGUUGGCCCCUGCCACCAUCACUGCCGACUCUUUACAGGCAUCUGCCUCACAGCAAGGCAAUACUCGCAAGCCUUCUUUCGCUGAGCCGCAAUUCGUCUUUCCUCCUCGUACUUCUGUUCAGAAACGUUGGCCGCACGAUGAGUCGCACCCACAUGUACGCAGCUUCAUUAGCCUUGAUGGCCAGUACGAUGAUGACGAGCCCACCCUCGACAUUAUCCCUUCGCUAUCACGCAGGCGAAAGUUUCCCCUCCCGACAUCUAGCGUCGUCACUGUUGCUCGGAUGCAGCAGCAGCAAUAG